AUGCCAUUCAUAGAAUUCAACGUCGAAAUAACUCUAAAAUACGGAUAAGCAUUAUACUUAGCCAAUUCUUAAUGCAAUUGGAUUGUGGAUAAAAUUUGUCGUAUGAUAUGUCUAAAGGUUAAUUAUAUCAGUAUAUAAUUAGGAUUGUCUUUGGUAAUUAUCAUUUGAGGUUUUUGAGAAACCUUUCGAAUAUAAAUAUGUAAUAGGAGAUUAUUUUCUUUGGAAUGAAAAUUGUGUUUAAUGGGAAUAGGGUCCAAAUCGGAUUUUAAAUUGCAAGGAAGAUAAACCAAUAUCAAUAAGUAAUAAUGAGCUAAAAAAAUAGAAAAUAGAUGGGAAGAGAGAAAAUUUUAAUUUAUACUAGAAUCAAAUUCUUAGAUUUCUGUUGCCAUUUUAAUGAGCAAUUAUAAUUAAAUUCAAAAAAGAUUUAAAAAUAAAAAAGACUUAUAACAUAACUCGAAGAUAUUUUACACCAGCAUAUAUGUGGAAGUAAAUAAAUUGAAUUCUAGGAUAGAAGUUCAAUAUUACCUUCUUAUAAAGGGGAUAAGUAUAUAAAAAAUAUAAUUUUAAGAUCCUUGUGAAUUCAUUAGUAAACCUUUUACUUUGGAUUUUUCUGAAUAAUGUUGUUGUCAUUAGUAAGAUCUUAAUUUCUCUAAACUUUCUAUAUGAAUAUUUAAUUAUGUGUUAUUAAUUAAAAUUAGAUACAUUAGUUUUUGUGAAAAAAAGUGUUUAUAUAAAAUAAAUGAAUAAAAUAAUACUUUUGAUAGCCGUUCUUUUAAUUUUAAAGAGAAACUAAGAGACCAUAUUAAUAGCCUCAUAUUUUACAGAAAAUACAUUUAAAUCAACUGAAGGUAUGAUUUUAAAUGGUUAAUAAAGGAUGGGGAAUAAUAGGAUCUCGAGUAAUCUUUGAUAAGUAAAUGGAUAAAUCAAUUUUUGGAGGGAACAAUGGAUUUGGAGUAGGAGUGAUAAUUUAUAAAUAAGUUGAAAUUCCUUAAGCACAUCAUACUCUUAGAUUAAAGAUGAGAAUUUUUGUGUAAAAAGAAUUGAGAAAUUAAAUAGGAUUAAUAAAUGGGAUAGUUAAUAUAUAAUAAUAAAAGGUGAUGGAGUUAUAAUAAAUAAAUAAUUAGUUAACGCCAGUUUAGAUAGUAAUAUAACUUAAUAACUAUUUUAUGAAAUAUAAUUUUAUCACUCUGCUCCAUCUGUAAUAAUCGAAAUAACAUCAAGUUUGAAUGUGGCAAAUCACAAUAAUGUAUAAAAUGAGUUUUAGUUAUGAGGAAUGGUGGGGAAUAAGAGAUAUUGAAAUAAAAGCGGAAAUUUGUCCAAAUGGUUGUGAUUUGUGUAAUUAUUCAGAUACUAGUGUCACAUGUCAAAAAUAUUUAAAAAAGAUAGUUAAUUUUGAUUCAAAUUCGUUUACAACAUAUGAAGGAUGGUUUGUAUCAGGUUCUGGAAUAAAACAUUUGUUUUGUGACAGUAAUUAAUUUAAUUAAUUAUUAAGAAAUUUUAAUCUUUGGUUAUUUUCAAACUGGAUCAUCAAUAUCUAAGAAAUUUUACUUAUCAUCAUCAUUUUAUAAAGUGAAGGUGAAAUUUUAGUUUUGGAAAAUUGAUUCAAUUAUUAGUUCAACUUCUCAUAGUCUUUAUGCAAAUGGAAAUAUUGUAUGGAGUUUAGAUGAAACUAAGAUAAAAUCGAUAAAUAUAUGUUCUCUAGUACCAAAUGAAGAAUAUUUAAAUGUUGAAAUAGAAUUUGAUACUAAUUCUAUAUGCUAACAUUUUAGUUUUAUUCAGAUAAAGUAAUUGGAGGAUACUAUGGAAUAAGAGAUUAUUAUAUAUAUACAUUACCUUGUAAAGAUUAAAGUUAAUUGUGUUAAAAUACUGAUACAGAAGUUGUACCAAAUAAAAAUUUGAUUUAAUUUUAAGAAGUAGUGGUCGAUCUUGUAAAUUCUUUUUCAAGCAAUCUAGAUUCUUAAUGGGUUUUUUAUUAAUCUAUUUCAGCAAUAUCAAGAAUAUCUAAGUCUGCUUGCACUAAUAAAAAAGCACCAAUUUAAUAUAUGGGAUUAUAUGAUAUAUUGUACAAAGAUUUCACUUUAAUAUCUCAUAAAACUCUAAAAAUUAUAUUCUAUUUAUAUUCUUAGUCAAAAUAAAACAAUGUUCUCUUAUAUAUAGACAAUAAUUUAGUAGAUACAAUCGAAAUUGGUUAUGGAUCAAAUGAUGUAACUUGUUCAGGAUCAACCUCUAACUAUAAAUUUUAAUAAUAUACUCUUUAUUCAAUUGAAUUAGAACAUACAUCCUUAAAAACUAAAAUUUUAUUUUAAGGGCUUACUUAUACAGGUGGCAAUCUUUUAUAGGGAUUCAAUAAAUUUGAAAUCUACACUGGUAAUUGUGAUUGUGAUAUCUGCACUAAUUAAGGCAUUUGUUAAACUGUAUAUACUCUAGAUUUUGCUUAAGAUAAUCUAUCAAAUAAUGAAGAAUGGCAACUCAAUACUAAUUUUAUUUAAAUUACAAUUUGUAACAAUUUUGAAAUUCUAGGUGGCUAUAAUAUUAUAGGUAAGAAUUAAUAAGUCAAAGCUAUGUAUAAAUCGUUGUCAUCCCAUAAUUCUAUUAGAAUUUAAAUGUAACUCUACUUUUUUAAUAAUUGGACCUAAAAUGAAUCUCUAAUCAUCAUUCUUGAUAAUUCUGUAAUCUGGAGAUAAAACAUUCUUAAAAUUAAUAAUGAAUCACCCUAUUGUUCUUCUAACUGUGAAAUAUUAGUAUUAGAAUGUUUCCAGUAUAAUGAUAAAGAAUAAUGCCAAAAAAAAAAUGCAAAAAAGAAUUGCAUUUGGUAACAAUAAUAUUGCAGAGAAUAAGAAUGUAGUGAUGCUCCUGAAAUCUAUUAUUACAAUUCUCAUUCUAAUUGUGAAAAUUAUUUAUCAAAAUGCACUGUAAUAAAAAGUCUAACUGGUUGUGAGGAAUUAUCAUAUAAUUGUUCAAACUAUAAAACUCAAGAAAGAUGUUUUAGAUCUGCACAUAAUACUGACGAUAAUUGUAUUUGGGUAUACAAUAAAUGCUAUGAUAAAAAAUAUAUUUCUUCUGCAGAUUGUUCUAUUUUUCGAGGAACCUAGGAAAUUUGCAGAUAAUAUAAACAAGGGUGUACAAAUUUAGAUUUUGCUACUCUUGAUAAUUAUUGCUAUUUUAAUUGUAAUGAAAUCAUUAUGACUGGAUUAAGUUUUUAAGAUUGCUAAACAAUAAAUUUAAAUUGUUCUGUUAAUCUUACAGGAACAGCAUGUGUAGGAUUACAAAAUUAAUGUGAAUUUUAUUAAGAAAAAGAAAGUUGUUUUUAAACUUCUAUAAGUAGGUGCUUUUAUGAAAAUGGAUCAUGUCACACUCUCAUUUCAGGAGAUGAAUGUCUGAAAAUUUAAGAAUCAUAUUCUGAUGAGCUUUGUUCACUUAAUAAUAACUAUUGCAUUGCUAAUAAAUAUUUAACAGGUUGUAUUAAAAGGGAGUAAGAUUGCUCACACUAUUUAUCAGAAGAGAAUUGCACAAAAAGCCUAAUUAAUCGAUGUAUUAUGUUCAAUGGUUCUUGUAGCUAAAUAAAUGAUCCUUAAAAUUAGUGUUAAUUUAUUUAAGAUAACUAUGGAGAAUUUGGUUAUAGUUAUUGCUAAUCUUAUAAUAAAGAAUGUAUUGGAACGUAAUAUAAAAAUGCUUGUUUUUCUAUACCAUCUUCUUGUUAAAAAUACAAUUAUGAUUACAAUUACUGUGUUUUUUCUUUGGAGGGAAAACGUUAUUAUAAUUUUCAAAAUAAUAUCUGUUUCUCAGUAUAAAUUCCAUCUACAGAUUGUAUUCAAAUAACUGGAAACUUUUUAAGAUUUUAAGAUUGUUAAUUUUACAAUAAUAACUGUAGUGUUUCAAAUGAUGGAACACAUUGUGUUGAAAUUAGAGAGGUUUGUUAAGAAUAUAAAUAUUUAAAUUAAUGUUAAUAGGCAAGAAAGGAAAAAUGCCUAUACAUUUAAUAGAAUGGAUAAAAAACAUGUGUAUCCUAUAAUGAAUAGAUUCCUUGUGAAUAUAUUUAUCUUGAAGAAAAUAAUUACACUCAUUAAAUAUGUAAUUAAUUUAAUUAAAAUUGUACAAAUGAAUCAAAUACAAAUUGUACUAAAAAGAAAUGUUCAAAUUAUUUAGGAUCAGAAUUUAAUCAUUAAAAUUGUAAUACAUGGAAAAAUGAUUGCACAGUUUUAGUUACUUAUAAUAACUGUGAACCAAUGCUUUCUAGAUGUUCAUUAAAUAAAGUAGAAUCUUGUGUUCGAUCAUUAGAAGGAGAAUGUAUUAUUAAAGACAAUAGUUGCUAGAUAAAACUUUGUUCAAUAGCACCAAACUAUUUUUCUACGCAUUCAUAAUGUAAGGAAUAUUCAUCUAAUUGCACUAUUGCUAGAGUAGGAGGAUGUAUUGAAAAGAUGGGUUGUCAUGAAUAUUCUUAGAUUUAAUGUUUUUCCAAUAGCAAUAAUGAAAAUUGUUUCUGGAAUCCAUCUAAAAAAACUUGUGUUGUUGCUAAUUGUUUAUUUAUAGAAGCAACCGAAUUAUUUGAUUCUCAUGAUGAAUGUUAUUAUGGUGUUAAAUUUUCUAUUAAAUGUACAGUCAGAAGUGAAAAUGGUAUUUCAAUUCCUGGUUGUAUGAUGUUAACUUAAUGUUCUAAAUACUCUAUUCAAUAAUAAUGUGUCAUAAGCAUAGAUAAUAUUUAAUGUGCAUGGAAUGAGAAUUUAAAUCCUGCUUUAUGUAUGAAUAAAUCAUGUUACACAGCUCCAAAGAAUUUCGAUUAACAUGAAAAUUGUAAUACUUACUUUCCGAAUUGUACUGUGUCUCAAUUUUUAGAUUCUUAAACAAAUCUAUUUGUAAUUGGAGGAUGCUAAGAAAUAUCAAUUUGUGAGAAAUACACUUUUUAAGAACAAUGUAUUAUAGAUAUUAAUAAUAAUCCUUGUUAAUGGACUGAAAAUUAAUGUAAAGUAAAAUCAUGUGAAACAGCUCCAUUAUCUGAUUAAUUUGAUACAAAUGAAAAAUGUAAAGAGUAUUUUGAUGAUGAUUGUGUAAUUUCUGAUUUUGGUUAAGGUUGUAUGACAAUUAAAAUAAAAUAUGAAGAUAUGAUUUUAGAAUAAUAAUGCUAAAAGAAUAAAUUAAAUUAACUUUGUUUUUGGAAUCCAAACACAAUGCAAUGCUUAUCUAAUACAUGUUAAAAUAUUGAUUAAUUAAAUUAUGAAUUUUGUCAUGAGUUGAAUUAAGAUUGUGAAUAAACAACUGAAGAAUGUAGAAAUAUAAUUUGUGAAGAUCUGAUAUACUAAACUGAUUUUGAAUGUGAACAACAUAUGAAAGGUUGUACUACUAAUGGUUAUCAUUGUGUGAAAAGAGGAUCUUGUCUUUAAGCUAUGCAUAGAAAAGGAUGUAUUAAAUCAAAUUUGGGAGAGACUUGCACAUGGAUCAUAGAACAUGAAAAUGAUUAUGGAUAUUGUAAUAUUGCUGAUUGUUAGACUGCUCCAAAAUCAUAUAUAACUGAAUAAUAGUGUUAAUUUCAUGAUUUUAAUUGUACAGUAAAAAAAACAGGAGGUUGCAAAUUAAAAACAACAUGUGAAAACUUUGAAUAGCAAGAAGCAUGUCUAAUAGAUAUUAAUGGUAGUAAAUGCUUUUGGGAAGAUUAUUAUUGUAGGAGCUUUGGAUGUUAAGAUUAUAGAGGAUUGAAUUUUUAAUUAUGUUAGGAAUCCAAUUAAAAUUGUUCUAUAGGUAACUAUGGAUAUUGUGCAUAAAUGUUAAAUUGUAAUGAAUAUCAAUUUAAGACAAUUUGUUAUAAGGGAUUAGAUGGUGUAUGUGUAUGGAUUUAAGAUGAUGAGAAUAAUUAGAAUUAUUAAAAUAGUAAAGGAUAUUGUCACUUAUUUAAUUAAUGUUAAUCACUUUAAUUUAUUACAGAUGCUAAAUGUAAAUAAGCUUCUAAAUUUUGCACAACAAAUGGAAUUAAUUGUGUUCCUCUAACUAGUUGUAAUUAAACUAACGUUAAUGGAGGUUGUAUUAUGGGAACUGAUGGAGAAUGUAUUAUAUAUUAUGAUGUUGAAAAAUAAAUAAAUGCAUGUACUUUAUAUCAAAAAUGUUCAUAAGCUAAAUUUUAAACAUAUUUAGAUUGUUAGUAAGCAAAUAAAAAUUGUACGACUAAUGGAUAGAAUUUUAUAGAAUUUUUAGAAUGCAACUAAUAUUAGAAUCAAGUAUCAUGUGUAGAAGAUAUAAACUAAAAAAAUUGCUUUUGGGAUUCCAAUCAAUGUAGAGAUUAAGAAUGUUAAGAUUAUACAUUAGAAGAUGAUUGUAAAAACAAUAGUUGUAUUUGGAGUUAAAAUAAAUGUAACAAUAAAAAAAAGUAAAUUUGUUCAGAUUUUUUAACAUAAAUAGAAUGCAAUUCAUUUCAUAGUGAAUUAUAAUGCAGUUUCAAUGGAAUGAUAUGCAAACCGGAUAUAAAUAUAGAUUGUUCUUCAUAUAUUACAGAAACAACUUGUUAUUAUCAUAAGAACCCUAUUGUUUGUUUUUGGUAGAAUGAAAAAUGCUAAAGAUUCUAAAAUUGUUCAGAUGCAAAUAUUGAUAAAGAAGUUUGUUAUAAAUUUUCAAGAUUUUGCAUGUUUAAGAAUAAUCUAUGUUAAUCUAUCGAAUGUUCAAGUUAUUAUGAAAUGAAUGGAAUAUGUUAGAGAAUAUAAAGUUUAGAUGAACAGUCUUUUAGAUUUUGCUCAAAAGUUAAUGGUUAUUGUACAGAAAUAGAUCCUACAAAUUUUAUUGAAUUUAGUUGCUUUUAAUAAUCUGGUUAAACUUUUAUAUGGAAUACAGAUACUAAGAAGUGUGAAGCAUGUUUAUAGACAAAAGGAGGUAAUCCACCACAAAUACCAUCAGAAAAGUAAUAUUAAAGUUUAAUAUCAAUUAUGAUUCUUUACUUAUUAGUAUUUAUUGAUUGA